GCCCCCUCCUCUGAGGAGCAGGAAGCCCAAGGAACGAGAGUGAGCAUCUGUCCUGGGACCUCGGGAGUUUGGGGAGGCUGCAUCGGCCCACUGGGCCCCACAACCACCCGGGCCCAGUCAGUGGCUUCUCUAGCCAGCUUGUAGCCACUCUCAGACGCUCCUGAGGAGGGAACAGAGACAAGCCUGCCUUCCAGAGGAGGUCGGCAAUGAGGAGCUAGGAGCCAGAGGCCCAGGGAACCAGAGCUGACAUCAGGCCAACAAGGGUGUGAUCAGCUGAGGGGCUCCAACCACCAUGGCGUCUCUGGGCCUCCAGCUGCUGGGUUACAUCCUGGGCCUCACGGGGCUGGUGGGCACCCUGGUCGCCAUGCUUCUCCCCAGCUGGAGAACGGGCUCCUACGUGGGCGCCAGCAUCGUCACAGCUGUCGGCUUCUCCAAGGGGCUCUGGAUGGAGUGUGCCACGCAGAGCACCGGCAUCACCCAGUGUGAUAUCUACAGCACCCUGCUGGGGCUGCCUGCAGACAUCCAAGCUGCUCAAGGUCUCAUGAUAGCUUCCAGCGCCAUCUCCUCUCUGGCCUGCAUCAUCUCAGUGGUGGGCAUGAGGUGCACUGUCUUCUGCAAGGAUUCCCCGGCCAAAGACAGGGUUGCCGUGCUGGGCGGCAUCUUGUUCCUCCUGGGAGGCCUACUAGGGUUCAUCCCCGUCGUCUGGAACCUCCACGGGAUCCUCCGCGACUUCCACUCACCGCUCGUGCCCGACAGCAUGAAGUUUGAGAUCGGAGAGGCUCUCUACCUUGGCAUCAUCUCCUCCCUCUUCUCCAUGGUGGCUGGCAUCAUCCUCUGCUUCUCUUGCUCAGCCCGGGGGGGAGGCCGCUCUGCCUACUAUGGCAGUUAUCAAGCUCAGCCGUUAGCCACCACAGCCUCCCCUCGGCCAGGCCAGACCGUAAAGGGCAAAAGUGAGUUCAACUCUUACAGCCUCACAGGGUAUGUGUAAAGAGUGGGGUGGGGGGCCCAUGCUGGGAAGGCUGCCCACGGCCCUGCACUGACACUGGAGAGAGACAUUUCCAUCUGAUAAAGGCAAAAGGCAAUGCUGAAGAUAGGACGGACAUUGUGGGGGGUCCCUUGGGUGUGACUGGGGGAGCUGUCAUUGCAGACCUUCCCCACAGGCCUCCUUCCACACCCAGCAGCCCCCUCUCCACCUCCAUCCUGCCCUUCUUUCUUUCUAUGCCUACAGCCCCACCUGCCUUCUAUGUCUGGGAACCCACCCCAGUUCCCUAGCCUCUCCAGGGCCCUUUCAGCUCAAUGGAUUUGAGAGUCUCACUACCCAAACCUCAGACCCCCAAGACUCCUUCCAAGGCAAUGAUAGGCCAGGUCAACAACUGGACCCAGAGCUGCUUUGUCAUUCCCAUUGGGAGAAGCAAAGGGGGAGGAGGGUCUGGCUCGCAAGGGGCUUCUGGCUGGGAAGGGGUCAAAUCCAUUGCCCGCAUUCUACUGGGAAGUCUUCCACUGCUGUUAAGGCCAGCAUCAAAGGUAGCAGCCUGGGCACUCUGGGGGGCACCUAUUCCAGGCCACUGCCAGGGCAGCGGGGAAGCAGCCAGAAGCCCUCAAUGAGAAAGAGAGAGAGAACAGGAAACCGGUUUUUCUAGAGAUGCUCUUUGGCUCAGGGAAGGGCAUGUGGGGGCUGCAGAAUACCCUGGCAUCUUCCCAUACUUCCUGAGAAAUAGUAAGAAUUUAAAAAUAAAAACAGAGAGCCAAAGAAGGGGGUGUGCAUGUGUACAUGUGCAUGUGUGUGUGCAUGUGUAAAGGCCUCAGGGGAGCCCCUCCAAGAAUUUCAAGUCAGUUUAUGGGUCCAGAAAGGAAAUGGGCUGUUCUGGAGAAGACGGUACUCAGUCUCCUUGAUUUGUCUUCUUGGCCCAUCUCACUGAGCCAGAGUAGCCCCUGAAGGGGAGCUCUCAGUCCAUCUGGGUGGGGGUGAGGGUGGGGGACAACAAAAAAAACAGGUAUCUAAGCCUCAAAGAGAGAAUUGUUAAGAGCCCCGGAGACCCAGUGGUCACCCACUAUGAGGACCUCAGACUAGUAGAGAGGACCGGGAAUGUCUUCAGCCCCUCACACUCCACCCCGCCCCCCCACCCAGUCCCACCACUUCUAAGCAGGGAGGGCCCUGCUGACUCCUUCCCUAUCAUGAGCAUGUCCAGCCUACGACAAGUCCGUCACUUCCCAGUGAAAAGUGCCCAGCUCCAUCCUGAGUGCCUAUCCACCCAGCUGUACCCACAGGGCUCCUCCAUCCUCUAGCCCCUCGUCUCUUUGCCUGUCCAUGCUGUAAGGCCUCAGCCUCCAUCACUCCAGCUCACGGCACCCUGUCCCUCUCCAUCUUGCCCCCUACUGAUGCCUCUGUCUCAAACAUUGGGCCCCUUGGUUCAGUCGCCUGCAAUGUUAGUUCUCUGUCCCUGGGUGUGCCUUCCAAUUCCCUACGGGCAGGCUUUAGACUGCACCACCUUCCCCACUGCACUGAGCCCAGUAGUGGUUCUCAGUGAGUACUCAAUAAAGACUUUUGAUUUGA